UUAAGGGUUUGUCCCAAGUGGCACCCUAUUCCCCAUAGGGUUCUUGUCAAAAGUAGUGCACUACAUGGGGAAUAGGGUGUCAUUUGGGACUCAACCAUUUGUUUGACCAGGCAGCCAUCCUCUGAAGGUUUAAGGUAUCUAACUCCCCCCCUCAGGUAUCGGUCGAAUGCAGUCCAAGUCUCUGGGGAACCUGUCCAGUCUGAGCUAUGAGGACCUCUCCCUGCCCCGUGGUUGGACGGUAGACUGGACCAUCCGAGGCAGGAAGUACUACAUCGACCACAACACCAACACCACCCACUGGUCCCACCCCCUGGAGAGAGAGGGUCUGCCCCCUGGCUGGGAGAAGGUGGAGUCAGCCGAGUUUGGACCCUACUACGUGGACCACGUUAACAAGAGGGCUCAGUAUAGACACCCCUGUGCUCCUAGCGUGCUCCAAUAUGACCAGCCCCUCCCGUUGUAUACCGGCCUCGCCCAGCCGAGCGGGACCAUCCGGUACUGGUACCAGCCAACCCCUACCACACGGCAGAGAUCCCUGACUGGCUACAGGUGUAUGCCCCGCGCCCCACUCAAGUAUGACCACUUCCUGAAGUGGGCGCUGUUCCAGCUGGUGGAUCUGGACACAUACCAGGGCAUGUUGAAGCUGCUCUUCAUGAAGGAACUGGAGCGCAUCGUCAAGUCCUACGAGGCCUACCGUCAGGCCCUGCUGUCUGAGGUGGACCAAAGGAAACCGCGCUGCUACAGGACAGAGCUCCACCCGUCUGAGGUUUCUACAACAAGGAAGUCCGCCCCUUUAGAGGUUUCCGCCCUGCCCCAGUAG